AUGGCCCGAGAGCUGGCCAAAACCAAAGAACAACUUUCCACCCUCUAUCAGGAAGAACAGAAGAAGAUCCAGCACAAGUCAAAACUCCAGGGUCUGGAGGAGGAGGAGAAAUGCACCCGCUUCUUCUUUUGCAGGGCACGGCAAAAACCCAUCCUGUCCCUGUACAACAACCAAAGGGACUCUGUGACCAACAGUGAUGACAUCCUGCGGGUGGCCAGAGAGUUCUACGGUAGGCUGUAUGCCAUCAAGCCUACCGACGAGGCUCUCAUGGCCACCUUUCUAGAUGGUCUUUCAGAGUCACCGAGGGUGGAAGAGCGACAACCCAACUUAUGUGCUGAGGAGCUCAACCGGGCCCUGCACUACCUGAACACAAAGCACAAUGACCGGACGGGAUCCGAGAAGAGUUCUAUCAGACCUUCUGGGAUCACCUUAAGGACGACAUGGCGAUGGUCUUCAGAGCAAUUCGGCAUAGGCCAAGGUUGCCCCUUAGCCCCUCUGCCGUACGUCAUAUACCUAGAACUUUUCCUCCAGAAGAUCAGGUCAACACCAGAAAUCCCUGUCUACCAGAUGCCAGGGGCCCAGGGAGAGAGGCUCAAAGUGGUGGCGUACAUGGACGACAUCACCAUCGUCGGCAUAAAUAGUCACUCCAUCGCCACAGCAACAAAGGUGGUGGACGACUAUCGUGCAACCACUGGCGCCCUCGUCAACAGGGGGAGAGGCAUCGGAGACAGUCGGAGGUCUCACUCACCUGACAGACACAGGAAGAGACCUAGAAGUUGUUCAGAAAGCAGAGAAAGGAAGCGUGGUCGCUGGGAGGAGGAGAGUGACCGGAGGUCUGACGGGUCGGGGAUGAGCAGAGAGGGAGAGCGCAGCUACACCUCCAUCCGGAGCCAAGACACAGAGACAGAGGCCUCCAUGGACCGAGACAGGGACAGAGACCAGGAGAGGGACAGGGAGAGAGAGAGGGAGAAAGGGGAAGGUGAUGAGAAAGAGGAGGAUGAGUUGCUGAAGCCUGCGUGGAUCCACCGUAUCCAUGCUGAGAACUACUACUCCAGCGAUCCCAUGGACCAAGUGGGUGACUCAACGGUGGUGGGGACCAGUAAGCUAAGGGACCUGUACGAACGCUUUGAGGAAGAGCUGGUCAAGAGACAGGAGUGCGCUCAGUCAGCCCAGCCCAAAUGGGACCCUCCCAAGACCAAGCUAGAUGAGGAGCCCGAGGAGUGUCACAGCCACAGCAGCAGUGAGUCAGACUGUGAGUCUGACGGGGGAGGCAGUACCUGCUCCAGUAGCUAUGACUCUGACUUGUUUGACGUGAUUGCUGAGAUCAAGAGGAAGAAGGCCCAUCCAGACCGUCUGCAUGACGCGCUGUGGUACAACAACCCAGGACAGAUGAACGAUGGGCCAUUGUGUAAGUGCAGUGCUAAGUCCAGACGCACAGGGAUAUGCCACAGCAUCUACCCUGGAGAGGAGUCUGUGAAGGAAUGUCGCCCGAUGAACAACAACUCUGGAAAGCUCUACCACUACAGAAUCACUGAGUCUCCGCCUACUAACUUCCUGACGGACAGGCCUACAGUGAUUGAGCACGAUGACCAUGAGUACCUGUUUGAAGGUUUCUCUCUCUUCUCCCACAUGCAUCUCACUAUUGUAAAUUCAUUGUGCAGAGUGAUUUGUUUCAACAUAGAUUACACCAUUCACUUUAUUGAAGAGAUGACACCAGAGAACUUCUGUGUGAGAGGACUGGAGCUGUUCUCCUCCUAUCUAUUCCAGGAUAUACUGGAGCUCUAUGACUGGAACCUCAAAGGCACUAGAUCUGAGAGGGAUGGGAAGGUGUUUUCAGUGUCUUUCUUCUUUCCCCAUGGAGGUCCAGAGUGGGACAAUCAAUCUCCUGGAUGUCAGAAGUUCCACUUCAUGCCUCGCUUUGUCUGCUUCUUACCUGUCAUUGUGUUGUUGUUUCAGAAGCCCAGCUCGGUGCGUAUUGACCAGCUGGACAGAGAGCAGUUCAACCCGGAGGUCAUCUUCUUCCCCAUCAUCGUCCACUUUGGGAUCCGGCCAACCCAGCUCAGCUACGCCGGGGAUCCCCAGUACCAGAAGCUGUGGAAAAGCUAUGUGAAACUAUGCCACCUGCUGGCGAACAGCCCCAAGGUCAAGCAGAUAGACAAACAGAAGCUAACACAGAGGGAGGUGGGUACCCAGAAGAUUCGACAGAAGAACACCAUGCGCCGGGAGGUGACCGUUGAGCUCAGCAGCCAGAGCUUCUGGAAGACUGGCAUCCGCUCUGACGUCUGUCAGCAUGCCAUGAUGUUGCCAGUGUUGACCCACCACAUUCGCUACCACCAGUGUCUGAAGCACCUGGACAAGCUGAUUGGCUAUGUCUUCAAGGAGUGCUGCCUACUACAGCUGGCCAUGACUCACCCCAGCUACCACCUGAACUUCGGCAUGAGAGACCACGCCCGAAACUCCCUGUCCAACUGCGGCAUCUGCCAGCCCAAGUAUGGAGACAGGAAGGUCCACCACAUGUACAUGAGGAAGAAGGGAAUCAACACCUUGAUCAACAUCAUGUCUCGUCUUGAACAAGACGACCCCUCCCCCUCCAGGCUCUUUCACAACGAGCGGCUGGAGUUUCUCUGCGAUGCAGUUGUGGAGUUUCUCACCAGAUGGAAACUGGAGCUGGAUCGCUUCAUGUUGUAUGCCCACGGACCAGACCUCUGCAGGGAGUCAGACCUGAGACACGCCAUGGGCAACUGCUUUGAAGCACUCAUAGCAACCGGGCCGUCUCUGCGGCGUUACCGCUGCGUUAUCCUGGCGUUAUCCUUCAAAGUUAUUCCUGUCGUGUGGAGCCCACAGUAUGGCACACAGCGCGACUAUGACCUACGGGAGGUUUGGCUCAACUAUCCGCCCCACCCUCUGCAGGUGCAGGAGCCGCAGACGGACAGGCAGCUGAUCGAGACGUCUCCGGUGCUUCAGAAGCUGACGGACUUUGAGGACGCCAUCAGUGUUAUGUUCACACACUGUCGCCUGCUGGCCAGAGCUUUCACACUGAGGACCGUGGGCUUCAACCACCUCACACUGGGUCACAACCAGAGAAUGGAGUUCCUGGGAGACUCCAUCAUGCAGCUGGUGGCUACAGAGUACCUCUUCAUCCAUUUCCCUGACCACCACGAAGGACACUUAACAGUAAGGAGAAACCCUCUAAUGAAGUGUUACAGAGCUUUCAUCGCAGCGCUCUACAUCGAUAAGGACCUGGAGUACAUUCACACCUUCAUGAACGUCUGCUUCUUCCCUCGACUGAAGGAGUUCAUCCUGAACCAGGACUGGAACGAUCCUAAAUCCCAUCUCCAGCAGUGCUGCCUGACCCUGCACACAGAGGGCAAGGAGCCCGACAUCCCCCUCUACAAGACCUUGCAGACAGUGGGGCCAUCUCAUGCGCGGACCUACACUGUGGCUGUGUACUUCAAAGGAGAGAGGAUAGGCUGUGGCAAGGGCCCAAGUAUCCAACAGGCAGAGAUGGGGGCUGCUAUGGACGCGCUCGAAAAAAUUCCUCUCCCUGCUCCAGAUAACUUCCCUCAGAUGGCUCAUCAGAAGUGAUUCAUUGAGUGGAAGUACAGACAGGAGCUGAAAGAGAUGAAACGAGAGAGGGAGCGCCAGGAGAACGAGGGAGACGAACCAGAGGACAGCAGGAAGUAACAGAGCCCUUCUCUGACCAAUCGAGAUGGAGGAUAUUGAAUAGUGUAUGGAAGGGGCAGGAAGUGGAGAGAUGAACAAUUUACAAACACUCUGAAUUGCAAACAUAAAAUGCAUUUUCCUCUAACAACUCCCUUCAUCUGCAUCUGCAUGGAGAAUAUUUGACAGGUGUAAACAAUAUGGUGGCAGCUUAUCUCUAGACUGGCUUUCACCUGGUCAGUUCUUUCAGAUCAGUGCAAUGAAGGAGAGGAUGCGAGGAUAGGACAUAUUUCUAGGCAAUUGAGAAAUAUUUCUAGACAAUUUAGAAAGACCACUAGUCUACAGUCCACCCUGUACUGUCUCGUCCCAUUUUUAUUGUGUUUGGUUGCGUUUGUGGUUGUUUUGAGCUGCUUUCAUGUGUAGGUCUUAAUCAAUUGAAUGUUGUUUAUGUACAGUCAGUUUUUUAACUAAAUCUACAACACUGUUGGUCGUCGAUCAUGGUAAUGAACGGCAUCAACAGAAAUACUUUGUUUUAAAUGUCUGUU